AUGUACGACGAUAGGGCCGAGCCAAAUAGCUCCCCGCCGUAUGUUCCACCAAAAUCAUUGGAAGACAUUGAGACCGAUGAGAUGGAGGAGGAGAUCUUUGACUGGUAUAAUUUAAGUGAGGUUGGAGUGACAUCGACCGAUGUUUCGCAAGGGGUAGAGUCACACGCCGCGCGGAAUUCCGAAAGUUCAAAUCCGGAAGCUACCGUUGCACGAAAAUCACUUGACUUCGGAUCAGCAAACGACGACGUUCGGGUGAUUAAGACCGCAAAUCGAGCUUCCGGCCUUCGCGAUAAAGAAAAGCGCAUUCGAAAACCGCGUUUGAAUAACAGUAAUGAUUCAGAUAAUCAUGCGACAAAUAUAAAUCAUGUGGAACCCAAAGGUCAAAAUUGGAGUAAGAACAUAAGACGAAUUGAAUCGGUUGAACGUGAUGCGUGUAACAGACUGGUGGUCUAUGUUUUGUGGAAAUCCGGCGAACGGACGAUUCAUCUUAACGAAAGAUUACGAAAGAGAGCUCCGCAAAAAGUGCAUUCGGAAAAUGAUAACUUUAAUAAUCGUCCAAACUACUACUCCAACGGUCAAAACUCGAAACACAAUUCACGUGGCGGCACAUUCAACAAGAAAUUUCACAACUUCGGAAGACCUCAGAAUAAUGUCAACAGCAACAACUUUCAUCAUUACUAUCAACCGCAACAUAUCGAAUUUUGCCUGUCGAGCAUCGGCAUUGACGAAUAUCAUGAGUCAGUCGAAGCAGUUGAUGUUUAUAAAUUGAAGUUCCGCUACAAGUACCUCGAAGAAGGGAUCUCGAUUUUUUUGAAUGGAAACAAAGGGAAAAUUUACAUCCCUUUGGAAGCCUUGGAGGAGAUCUCCAAGGUGCAACUAAAUCUCAUUUUUCUAACCUUGAAAAAGGAUGCAAAGAAGCUGAUCACCUAUAAUUCAAGGGAUGGUUUCAGCAGGGAUGAUCCGAUCCGUGAAAAUUUAGGUUCGCAAUAUUUACGCGAGUACACACCGUAUAUCGCAUAUAUGCCGUCGUACAUAACUGACUUUGAGCUUACAGACAGGGCGACGGAAAUUCACGUGUACGCUCAGGAAUCAACCCCACAGCAGGCUAUCGACAUGACCGGACUACACAUCAAUUAUGUUUUGGAUAAAAUAAACCGAAUAAAACUUUGUAAAACCCAAGUUCCAAAUUGGGGCGGUGGUGUGGUCGAUGUGACUCCACGUGUUCAGGGAAAGUUCAUAAUCAAGUGUCAUGUCGGCGAUGACAUUCGUAUUCUGAGUUUUGAUCCUCGGGAGCUUACUAACGACUUCAAGUAUAUCAUUGAAGAUGCCUUUAACGUUUCCGGAAUAAGGAAUGUUCGCUACAAGGACGAUGACGGUGACUACAUUUCCAUAUUUAACACUGACGACCUGGAGACGGCUGUCAAGUUAUAUCAGCGCGACAACAAAUUAGAAAUCUGGUGCAACUAA